AAGUGACUUCCGCUUCCGGCUCUCAGGCACGAGGAUUCCCGGGAACCAAGCUAGCGGCAAGAUGAGGCCUUUGACUGAAGAAGAGACCCGGGUCAUGUUUGAGAAGAUCGCGAAGUACAUCGGAGAGAACCUGCAACUCCUGGUGGACAGACCCGACGGCACGUACUGUUUCCGGCUGCACAACGACCGCGUGUACUAUGUGAGUGAGAUGAUGCUGAAGCUGGCCGCCAACAUCUCCGGAGACAAGCUCGUGUCUCUGGGGACGUGUUUUGGGAAGUUCACCAAGACCCACAAGUUCCGCUUGCACGUGACAGCCCUGGAUUACCUGGCCCCCUAUGCCAAGUAUAAAGUGUGGGUAAAGCCGGGAGCAGAACAGUCCUUCUUGUAUGGAAACCAUGUGCUGAAAUCCGGUCUGGGGCGAAUUACUGAGAACACAUCUCAGUACCAGGGAGUGGUGGUCUAUUCCAUGGCGGACAUUCCUCUGGGUUUUGGGGUGGCAGCAAAGUCUACCCAAGAGUGCCGAAAAGUGGACCCCAUGGCAAUUGUGGUGUUCCAUCAAGCAGACAUUGGGGAGUAUGUACGCCAUGAAGAGACACUGACUUAGGAAGGUCAUCCCAAGAACAUUCUGCUGCGUGAGAGGACUUAGCUUUGUUUGCUGUGUGCAGGCCAUCCAGUUAAAUCUGGACAAGACUGAGUGAGAUACGCACCGUGGGUUCUUAUCAACAGAAAUGGCUCUAAAAUAGGGUCUCAGGUCCUCUAGAGUCAAAAGCAGGUGGAUCACAAGUAUAGGGCCAGUUCAGGCUACUUGGUGAGUUCAAGGCCAGCCUGGGCUACUUUGUGAGACUUGUCUCAAAAAUCUAAAAGAGACAAACCAGACCCUGAGAGUGUUUGUGUGAGUAAAUAGAGUGUUUCUAUUUUGUAUCUGCAUCCUCUUUGUUUGCAUCAGAAAACUUGUUCUGAGUGAAGGUUUCUGAGUCGCUUCACUGAGGACAGGAGUAAUCUUACUGUUAUCUGUGAUAACACUGUUUUCCAGUUUCAUGAUAGCACAGUGGACUUUGUACUGUUUGUUAAUAUUAAAGGUAGAAACAGCCAUAUAAGCCUCUGGUUUUACAUAUGGAAUUUAAUAAAUUUUAGUGGUUUUGUAUUGGU